UCCACUACAGCUGACCCAUUAAACGGAAAAGUAGACAAACUGGUCUACAGUAUCUGCAUAAACUAACAAGCCCCAGGGGGCUGAACGAAAGGUGUAUUUGAUUUACAUUUCAUUCAACGUAUAUUGAUUUCAGAUCCCAGCACGAACUAAACUAGACGGGUUGUUGAAUAAGUCUAAAGCUGGAGCAUUCGUAAACCACGUCUUAAAAUCACAAAGCCAACCACAGCUAUAUUAAUGUGAGAAGUCACCGGACUGUUUUUUGACCGCGCACUUACCGGACAUAACGCAGAAAUAUACGUCAGCACCUCCGAGGCGAAAAGAAAUCAACACGAAGAUUAAAAGAGAUCGUGGUGUAGGUAGACCAAUGGUACGGAGUGCUCUGGACUAUAGUAAUGCUUACUGAUACCAUAACACGUCCAGCCAACUAAACGAUAGGAAAGUCAUAGCAACCGAUUCCGGGAGACCACUUAUCCUCAAGGCGGAAACGACCGUCUCCUGCCAGAAAAAAUGACACACGGUGACGAAGACAACACCCAAAUCCAGAUGCGCUGGAAGCUGAAGAACGUAUUACCAGGGAAAAUGGUCAGGCGAUGUAAUGACAGUCUGUUGAAGUUUGGACUAUUGGGUUUCCUUGGCUUGUUUAUUAUUUACUUGCAGUACAAGCCUGCUCCUGUAACAGAAGAACACAUACCAGACGGGCUGAUAGAGGUUAGGGCAGACGAAAACGGUCGACACUUGAUGAAAGAAUUUGCAGCUAAGAGGAGGAAGAGAAGACUGUUGUUAAAUGAUGCAUGUCAGAACUCGACCGAAAAUCACGAGACACUGGAUAUAGAUCAGCUGGAUCAUAUUAUAGUGAAUGAUAAGUAUAAGGCGCUAUUUUGCUAUGUACCAAAGGUGGCGUGUUCACAGUGGAAAAGGGUCUUCUUGAUGAUGUCGGGAAAUGUUAGUGACCCUAAAACACUAGACGAGUAUAGUGUUCAUACGACCUAUAGUCAUCUACUACGAUACCUCAAUACGUAUGAACCGGGAGAAAUAAAACACAAAAUAAAAAACUACAAAAAAUUUAUCAUGGUCCGAAAUCCACUGGACAGAUUAGUAUCAGCUUUCAAAAACAAGUUCCACGGAACAGGAUUUAAGGAUGCUAGGUUCAAAAAUAUAGGAAAAUAUAUCGUUCGCACAUAUAGGAAAAAAUUCACAGAACCUGUUUUUGGGGAUGACGUUACGUUCCUCGAAUUCGUGAGAUAUGUGAUUGAUAACAAGGUAGGCGUGCGUGAUGAACACUGGAGAUCGAUCACGGAUCUGUGUAAACCAUGUCAAAUUGAUUACGAUUUUAUAGGAAAACAGGAAACCAUCAAUGAAGAUGCGGACUUCAUCAUGUCACAAAUGGCUCCUCAUAUUGAAUUCCCUGUUAAACCAGCGGUGUAUGGAUCAUCGAAUACUACAAAAUCUACUCCAUUUUACUUGUCUCAGCUUCCAUUUGGGCAUGUAGGUAGACUCUGGGAUAUAUAUAGAGACGACUUCGUAUUUUUCAAUUAUUCAUUUUUGAAACAUGUUGAUAAGAUAUCGUAUCUUGUUAGAUAGUUAAGUUAUUUAUUUGGUUCUGGCUGUUUUUAUGUCCUUGUUUAUGACUAUUUAUUUAUUUAAAUUCUAGUAUUUAAAAAUCUAGUAUCAGAAAAUACAAAUUUCCCUUUGGUGUGGUGGUAAUAUAAUCAAUUGCUAAAGUAUCCGAAACAUUUUAUGAUCAAUUUUGAUUCAUACACAUUAUAACGUGCAAUAGUUCGAGUUUCUUUGUAUUGAUUUAAUUUGAGUGCAAACUUAAGAAAGGCUCUCAAUAAGAUCAAUAUAAAAAGACUGCAUUGACUUAUUUUUAGGGUUUGAUAUAAGCGUGAACUAACAGAAAACCAAAGCACCAUACCGAAGGAGUAUGAGUAUUACAUAUUAAUAAUAUAAUCUCCCAUAUACAUGUAAAUUAAUGUUAUUUUUUUUUGCAAAAAGAGGUAUUUCAGUAUUUUGAGAGUCUGACACGUUCAACCAUGAAGGUGAAUCCUGUUGUUAAUUUAUAUGAUCAAGACAAUGACAGUUGAUUUCAGUAUUCUGUAAACGAGCUCUGAUGUCCCGCCAUAUGUUUUUAUUUGCUACUGCAAUGUUACUGUUUGCAUCAAGUUUGAAUACAGUUUUGCAUUUGAAAUAUUUUUUCUUGCGCAUUUUAUCGCAUUCGUUAAGUUCCUUGUUACUUUUUUGUUUCGCCUGAUACAUUUUAUGAUGCCGUGAAGCAAGACUAUGGUGUCACUGUUUUCGGUGGCGACGGCAGAUUCAGUUUUGCGUUUAGAUCCGUUGCUAAAAUAUUAUAUGUCCAACUUUAACCAAAAUAUCUUUAUGUAGUGGGCAUCUCGACACAGUUUUCAUUUAAGGAAUACCAUCAAGAAUUUAAUUGAUGGUCUAGUGACUCUUGAAAUUAAGGAUGCUGGGUCUCAGGACUAUAAAGUUUUGUGUUUCGCUAAAUUUUCAAAACAUAUUGUUGUUAUUCCGACCACACAUUGGAUAAAGUUGAACUGUAGUAUGGACACCACGUCCUACAGAUUACAUGAUCCAUACAAUGCUGUGUUGUUUGGUAAGAAACCAUAUAUUUUGCGAAACUUGAUCUUAAAGUCAUAACUACUUCUCCAAUUAACUUACAAAUGAUAUUAUAGCCAAAUUGUAAUAAAUUCUAACAUGUA